GGCCCUUCUAUUCCCCUUCUCCCUUCUUCGUCUCCCUUCUUCAUGUGCUGGGCUGCCCACAAGCUCACAAUUCUCCCUUCAUCGCUUUACUUUGCCUUGCCCUCGCUCUUCCAUAGCCGCCAGGAUCCUCGUGAGUGAGUGUGAGUGUGUUGCUGGGUUGGGGUGGUGGUACUUGUUGCUGCAGAUUGCUAGUGACGCAGGAGGAUCUAUCACUACAUGGGGAUGAGCAGAGGGUGUUACUCUCAGAAGAAAGGGUGGAGUGCUGCGGACAAUACUACUACGAUGCUGAUGUGAGCGCGGAGGUAGACCUACUCCUGAGGGGAUUUUGGUGGCGAGGGUUUAUUGAGGUUUGCGGUGGGGCGGAUAGCGGAAGUAUCCGAGGCUUGAGCAGCCAUGGCCACGAGGAACUUCUUCGACUUGCUCGGAGACGACGAGAACGAGGACCCGUCGCAGGUUGUGGUGCGAGUGAAUCCUGCCGCGCCGGUGGAGACGACGAAGCCGGCCGCGGCCGAUAAGAAGAAGCCCGUCGCCGCGGCGAACCUGCCGACUAAGCCCGCUCCUCCUUCCGAGGCUGUGAGAGAUGGACGGAGGGGUCAGUAUAAUGGAGCCAGAGGUGGCCGAGACGGUGGUGUUCGCGGAGGGCGUGGUGGAGGUGGAUACAAUGGUGACCGGGAAAGCGGUGGCCCCCGUGAGGGAGGAGGUUAUAGAGAACGCGGUAACUACAACAAUGACCGCAAUGUGAGCAAAACUGGCGACGCUGAUGGCUUCGUCGGAGGCCGUAGCUCGUUUGAUAGACCUGCCCGUACUGAGAAUGGUGAGGGACGUCCUUACGAGAACAGUCGCGGCGGAGGUCGCGGCCGGGGCCGUGGUGGUCGCGGAUCUGGCGAGGGAGACGAUCGUCGCCCCAGGCGCGAGUUUGAUCGCCAGAGCGGGAACUCCAGAGGAUAUGAAACCGAGAAGAGAGAAGGUGCUGGUCGCGGUAACUGGGGAACGGACAUCGAUCCUGCACUCAUUCAAGAGAAUGUUGAGGGUACUAAGGAAGAAAACAAGCCAGUUGUUGAAGGAGAAAUCAAGGAGAAGCCUGAGCAAGAGUCAUCUGUGGAUGUUCCCGUUGAAGAAGGCACAACCGUGAAGAAUGAAGAGGAAGAAGAGGACAAAGAGAUGACUCUGGAGGAAUACGAGAAGGUUAUGGAAGAGAAGCGUAAGACCCUGGAAGCUUCUAAGGCCUCCGAGAGGAAGGUCGAAGUCGACAAGGCUUUCGAAAAGAUGCAGCUUGUAUCCAACAAGAAGCGCGAAGAGGACAUUUUCAUCAAGCUGGGACAGGAAAAGGAGAAGAGCAAAAGGGAGGCUGCUGAAAGAGAGGAGAAGUCUCGAAAGCCUGUUAGCAUCAACCAGUUCCUGAAGCCUGCUGAAGGUGAGAAGUCUUACUUCCCGUCUAACCGCGGCCGUGGAGGACGAGGUGGUCGUGAUGAUCGCCGUGAGAGCGGAGGUCGUGGAAAUCGAGAGUCUACUCGCAGCAAUUUUAGCGCCGGGAGGGGCGGUGGUGGUCGUGGUUCAGCUGCUGGAGACGCAUCUGCUCCCAAAAUCGAAGACCAGGCACAGUUCCCUACACUGGGAGCGAAGUGAGUGGCGCUAGCUUGUGGUCGGGCAAGGCGGCUCGAGGUUUCUGUGCAAGAGUAUUUGAGAGGGUCUAGUAAUGAUGAACUGGUUGGGUUUGUUUAGGGAGCCUGCUCUCGGUGUAUCGAAGUGCAGUUUGCCUUAUCCUGGUAUAUCACAUUUCUUGUGAACCUCUGAUCUACCUAUCAACUGUAUCUUGAUUGGUU